AUGGAACAAAUUAACUUAUCCACCCACGGGAAAGACAUCCAAAAAAGUUAUGAACAAGUUGUUAGAGGUGAUCCUUCAACAACUUGGGUUAUUUAUGGACCAGAUUCUUCAAAAGCAUAUAAAGUUGCUGAACAAGGUACUUCAUUCGAAGAAUUCUUGGAAAGUUUUGAUGAAUCUCAAAUCCAAUUCGGUUUAGCAAGGGUCAACCCACCAGGUUCUGAUGUUCAGAAAAACUUGUUGAUUGGUUGGUGUCCAGAUUCUGCUCCUAUUAAGUCUAGAUCUUCAUUUGCACAAAACUUUGCUGAAGUUUCAAGAUUAUUAAAAGGUUAUCAUAUUCAAGUCACUGCAAGAGAUACAGAUGAUUUGGAUAGAGAUGAGCUAUUAUCAAGAGUCAGUGCAGCUGCUGGUGCUCGUUAUUCAAUCCAAUCAGCUAGAACUAAUGCUCCAUCUUCAACCUCAAGCCCAGCACCAAAGGCUUUCAAACCAAAGCCAGCUGAAGCUCCGAAACCAGCUGUUUCCAAACCUUCUCCAAAGCCAGAACCACAAGUUAUUAAACCAUCUCCAGCUUCAAUUGCUAAAAAAGAAGCCGAGGAUGAAUGGAAUGAACCAGAAAUUGAAGAAAGAGACUUCUCUAAAAACCCAUUGAAACCAAAUACUUCCACUUAUAAACCAAUUGGCCGUGUUAAUUUACAAGAUGUCAUCAAGGAAGAAAAAUCGAGACCUGACCCAAGAUUAGAAAUUGAACAAUUGAAAGAAAAAGAAAGAUUAAAGAAAGAUAAAGAACUUGAUGAUUACUUGAAGACAAAAUCUGCAACUUAUGGUGCAAAAGCUCCAACUCCAUCAUCUGGUUUGAAAAAAGAUAACGAUAAAGUUGUCGGUGGUAUCUCAAAGGCAUUUGGUACUGAGAAUGGUAAAACACCUGCACAGUUAUGGGCCGAAAGAAAACAAAAAUCCGCAGGUGCUACUCCAGAGCCAGUCUCCCAAGAAGAGGAAGAUAAAAAAGAAGUUGAACAAGUUGAAGAAGAAGUUAAUGUUUCAGAUCUUAAAAAGAAAUUCAAUAACUUGGAUGUUGAGGCUGAAAAAGAAGAGGAAGAAGAAUCUAAAUUACCACACCCUUCACCAGGUUUACAAAAUGCAUUCCCAAAAAUCACUAAAUUAAGUGACAAGCAUGAUUUUGAAUCACAAAAACCUCCUGCAUUUAAAAAUGGAAUUCCUUCACCAGGUAUAAAGAGUGCGUUCCCAGGUUCUGAUAGAUCUGAAUUCCCAGGCUUAGAAAAGGAAGAAGAAGAACCUAAGCAAGAAGAGGAAGAGGAAGAGGAAGAGGAAGAAGCUCCUAAACCUUCUCUACCAUCAAGAGGUGCUGUUCCUCCACCACCACCUGCAAGAAACGAAUCACCAGCUCCUUCAUUACCAACAAGACAAAAAGAACCUGAACCAGUUCCAGAACCAGAACCUGAACCUGAAGUUGAAGAAGAGGAGCAAGAAGAAGCAGGUGCUAUUGCCAUUGCUGAAUACGACUAUGAAGCUUCAGAAGAUAAUGAAUUAACAUUUGCUGAAGGUCAACGUAUCGUUAAUAUUCAAUUUGUUGAUGAAGAUUGGUGGUUAGGUGAAACUGAAGGUGGUGACAAGGGUCUUUUCCCAGCUAAUUAUGUUACAUUAGAGCAAUAA